AUGUCCCUCAAGCUCAAGACGCGAGAUACGUUCACGAUUCACACAGACUGCCUGUUUGACCCCAAGCAGAAGAAGUUCGUGAAAGACACGUCAAUCGACGUGAAUCCCACUACUGGUCUAAUCACAAAGGUAUACCAACGAGAAACCGACUAUGAAAUCGUCAUUGCAAGCAAUGACAUCGACCUCCGCGGCAAAUGCGUUUUACCCGGCCUCGUAGACGCGCACACACAUAUCUUCCUUCAUUCUUACAAAGAGGCAUCUUCGAUUUACCAAAUGCGCGAUGAAAGCAUCAUCGAACGAACCAUCCGAGCUACCAACCACUGCCGGACUGCUCUGCUCGCGGGCUACACGACCUAUCGUGACCUAGGAACCGAAGGCGCUCAGGACGCAGAUGUCCACGUACGAGACGCCGUCAACCGCGGCUUAAUUCCCGGUCCGAGGAUCUUCUGCGCGACGGAGUGCCUGGCUUCAUCAGGAGGCUACGAAGUCCGCCAGGAGAAUGUCAUCGGCGGGACCUUCACGCCACGCAUCUCAGACCCUUGCGACGGCGUGCCGGGCGUCCGAGCCGGCGUUCGGAGACGUCUCGCUGCUGGAGCAGACAUUAUCAAGUUCUAUGCUGAUUACCGGAAACGGACUCUGCGAUUCCCAGCGCCUGCGUAUCCGGGUUGUCCGGAUAUUCACUUCCCACCGCCUGAGACGAGCGGGCCGUCUGGGAUCUAUAAUCAGCGAAACCCGAAUCUUCUCCUCUUCCGACAGGAUGAGAUGGAUGAAAUGGUCCAGGAAGCGAAAGCCGCUCGUGCUCCCGUAGCUGCUCACGCGCAGAGCGCCGAAGCCGUGAUGAUGGCGGCGAGAGCGGGCGUGACGACUAUCGAGCAUGGGCCGGAGCCGAUGGAUGGCACGGAUGCUAUGGCGAUGAUGAAGAAGAACGGCGUCAUUUGGGUGCCUACUAUUGCCGUCUUCGAUAGCGAAUUACCGCCAGGUGAUGAGCGAAGAUCACAUAUUCUGAAACAAGUCAAAACAGCCUACGACUACGGCGUCAAACUCGCCUGUGGAGGCGACACGGGCGCUUUCCCACAUGGAGAAAACGUCCGGGAGAUGGAACUCAUGCUCAAAGCAGGUGUUCCGCUCGAGGAGGUCUUACUCGCGGCUACGUUGACGGGGUGGGAGGCUUGCGGAGGGGAUUGGUGUGGAAAAAGAUUCGGGUGGUGGGAAGAGGGUUGCGCGGCGGAUAUUGUGGCGUUGGACGGGGAUGUUAGGGAGGAUGUUGGGGCGUUGAGGAGGGUGGGGUUUGUGAUGAAGGAUGGGAGGGUUUGGAAGAGGGAGGGGGUUGCUGUGGGGAUGGUAUAA